AUGAAAGAUGCGAUCCCAAACAGCUAUAUCGUCGUUUACAAUGAUAAGGUUGACUUCGCAGCUGUCUCAGCCCUGGAAUCUGAACUUAGCACUAUGCAUGCCAAGCGAAAUGACGGCCUUAAGGGUAUCGGCACGAAGUGGAGCAUGCCUGGAUUGAAGGGAUUCAAGAUUGAGACCGAUGAAGCAGGUCUGGCCAAGAUACAGUCGUCGUCUGAGGUCGCGUACAUUGAACAAGAAGGCACCAUGAAAGUUAAUGGCAUAGAGAAGUCCAAUGAGCUCGUCUAUCAGCCCGGUGCGGUAUGGGGACUCUCCCGAAUCUCACAUACCCUAUCCCAGGGAUGUGGCAACGACGACUACAUAUACGACUAUUCUGCUGGCACUGGCACUCGCGCAUACAUCAUUGACACUGGAAUUUACCUCGAACAUAAUGAGUUUGGUGGCCGAGCCAUCUGGGGGGCCAAUUUUGUUCCUGGAGCGCCCGACCACGAUGACUAUGGCCAUGGAACACAUGUCGCGGGAACUAUAGGCGGCGGUACAUACGGAGUAUCCAAGAACAUCACUCUAGUUGCUGUCAAGGUCCUCAACUCUUACGGCAGUGGGAGCUGGGAAUAUAUCAUCAGUGGCAUCGAAUGGGUCGUCACCAACGCGAUGUCCCUCGGCAUAACCAACUCCUCCGUCAUCAACAUGUCUCUCGGCGGCUCCCGCAGCGAGGUCGUCAAUCAAGCUGUGCGCGUCGCCACAUCUGCUGGAAUGGCUGUCGUCGUCGCAGCAGGCAAUUCAAACGACGACUCUAUCUACUGGUCGCCUGCCUCCGAGCCUAGCGCCGUUACCGUAGCGGCGACCGACUGUACAGACACGCGGGCCGACUUCUCGAACUUCGGACCGAUCGUGGAUCUUUUUGCGCCAGGCGUGAAUGUCACGAGCUCCUGGACUGGCUGUCCUGGAUGUGUUGAGACGAUUUCAGGGACGAGCAUGUCUACGCCGCAUGUUGCGGGCUUGAUAGCUUAUUUGAUUGCUUAUAAUUCUAUCUCCGCAACUCAGGCUAUCGAUGUUCUUCAUGGUCUUGCAACGAAGGAUUUGGUCAAAGAUCCAGGAGCUGGGACGCCGAAUUUGCUUGCGUAUAAUGGUGACUAUUGGUGA